AUGAUCAUCUACACCGAUAUCCUCACCGGAGACGAGAUUAUCUCGGACUCUUAUGACCUCAAGCUUGUCGACGACAUCGUUUACGAGGCCGACUGUGCCAUGAUCACCGAGGGUGGCGUCGAAGUCGACAUCGGUGCCAACGCCUCCGCCGAGGAGGCUGAGGAGGCCCUCGAAGACCAGGCGGUCAAGGUCAACAACAUUGUUCACUCUUUCCGUCUCCAGUCCACCAGCUUCGACAAGAAGUCCUUCCUGGGAUACCUCAAGGGUUACAUGAAGGCUGUCAAGGCUGCCCUGCAGGAGGCUGGCAAGUCCGCUGAGGAGGUCAAGGCUUUCGAGACGGGCGCCUCCAAGUUCGUCAAGGACACUCUGCUGCCCAACUUCAAGGACUACGAGUUCUACACUGGCGAGUCGAUGAACCCUGACGGAAUGGUGGUCCUCCUGAACUAUCGUGAGGAUGGUGUCACUCCCUAUAUCAUGGUCUGGAAGCACGGCCUUAAGGAGACGAAGGUCUAA